AUGGAAGACAUAUUAGAACCAGCUGUGAAUCUCGUUGAGAACCUACAUAAGGAAGGCUUCGAUGAAGGCUACGGAGACGGCCUAGUCGCCGGAAAAGAGGAGGCAAAGGAAGUGGGCCUCAAGCACGGCUUUGAGGUGGGCGAGGAGCUCGGCUUCUACCGGGGCUGCUCGGACGUGUGGAACUCUGCAAUCCGGGUCGACCCGACCCCGUUCUCGCUUCGGGUCCAGAAGGGUGUGAAGCAGAUGGAGGAGUUGAUUGAGAAAUACCCAGUUAUGGAACCCGAGGACGAGAGCGUCCAAGAUGUAAUGGAGGCUCUGAGGUUGAAGUUCAGGGCGGUUUGUGCUUCAAUGGGUGUGAAAUUGGGGUAUAAGGGGUAUCCGGGAGCUGCUUCUGAAGCUAAGCAGAUGUCGUAUUGA